CAUUUCCGCUUCCGGUGCGGGCCGCGCGCGAGCGCAGCUGCGGGAGGUGGCGACGAGGCGGUUGAGGCCUCAGCCUUGGCCUCACCACGAUGUGGCACGAGGCUCGGAAGCAUGAGCGGAAGCUUCGCGGCAUGAUGGUCGACUACAAGAAGCGGGCUGAGCGGCGGCGGGAGUACUAUGAAAAGAUCAAGAAGGACCCAGCCCAGUUCCUGCAGGUGCAUGGGCGAGCCUGCAAGGUACACCUGGAUUCUGCAGUUGCCCUGGCUGCUGAGAGCCCCGUUAACAUGAUGCCCUGGCAGGGGGACACCAACAACAUGAUCGACCGCUUUGAUGUCCGUGCCCACCUGGACCACAUCCCCGACUACACCCCCCCGCUGCUCACCACCAUCUCCCCAGAACAGGAGUCGGAUGAGCGGAAAUGCAACUACGAGCGCUACCGCGGCCUGGUGCAGAACGACUUCGCUGGCAUCUCUGAGGAGCAGUGCCUAUACCAGAUCUACAUCGACGAGCUGUAUGGAGGCCUCCAGAGACCCAGUGAGGACGAGAAGAAGAAGCUGGCAGAGAAGAAGGCUUCCAUUGGCUACACCUAUGAGGACAGCACGGUAGCCGAGGUGGAGAAGGUGGCAGAGAAGCCAGAGGAGGAGGAGUCGCCGGCAGAGGAGGAGAGCAACUCGGAUGAAGAUGAGGUCAUCCCCGACAUCGACGUGGAGGUGGACGUGGAUGAACUGAACCAGGAGCAGGUGGCAGAUCUCAACAAGCAGGCAACGACUUAUGGCAUGGCCGACGGUGACUUCGUUAGGAUGCUCCGGAAAGACAAGGAAGAGGCGGAGGCCAUCAAGCAUGCCAAGGCCCUGGAGGAGGAGAAGGCCAUGUACUCGGGCCGUCGUUCCCGACGCCAGCGAAGGGAGUUCCGGGAGAAGCGGCUGAGGGGCCGCAAGAUCAGCCCGCCCAGCUAUGCCCGCCGAGACAGCCCCACCUAUGACCCCUAUAAGCGGUCACCCUCGGAGUCCAGCUCGGAGUCCCGCUCUCGCUCCCGCUCCCCAACCCCAGGCCGCGAGGAGAAGAUCACGUUCAUUACCAGCUUUGGGGGCAGCGAUGAGGAGGCAGCUGCAGCUGCAGCUGCAGCUGCCGCAUCAGGGGCUGCCUCAGGGAAGCCUCCCGCACCCCCCCAGCCCGGCGGCCCCGCACCGGGACGUAAUGCCAGCGCCCGCCGCCGCUCCUCCUCCUCCUCUUCCUCCUCCGCCUCGAGGACCUCCAGCUCCCGCUCCAGCUCUCGUUCCAGCUCCCGCUCCCGCCGUGGCGGGGGCUACUACCGCUCUGGUCGCCACGCCCGCUCCCGCUCCUGGUCCUGGUCCCGCUCCCGGUCCCGCUCCCGGCGCUACUCACGCUCCCGCAGCUGCGGCCGGCGCCACUCAGGUGGGGGCUCCCGGGACGGACACCGCUACUCCCGCUCGCCUGCCCGGCGCGGUGGUUACGGGCCCCGGCGCAGAAGCAGGAGCCGCUCCCGCUCAGGGGACCGGUACAGGCGGGGCGCCCGAGGCCCCAGGCACCACAGCAGCAGCCGCAGCCGCAGCAGCUGGUCCCUCAGCCCAUCCCGCAGCCGCAGCCUGACGCGGAGCCACAGCCGCAGCCACAGCCAUAGCAGGAGCCGCAGCCGCAGCCACAGCCGUAGCCAGAGUCACUCGCCAUCGCCCCCGAGGGAGAAGCUGGCCAGGCCGGCGGCGUCCCCUGCCGUGGGCGAGAAGCUGAAAAAGACCGAGCCUGCCGCUGGUAAAGAGACAGGAGCUGCCAAACCCAAGCUGACACCGCAGGAGAAGCUGAAGCUGAGGAUGCAGAAGGCCCUGAACAGGCAGUUCAAGGCGGAUAAGAAGGCGGCUCAGGAGAAGAUGAUCCAGCAGGAGCAUGAGCGGCAGGAGCGGGAGGACGAGCUGCGUGCCAUGGCCCGCAAGAUCCGUAUGAAGGAGCGGGAGCGCCGAGAGAAGGAGAGAGAAGAGUGGGAACGCCAGUACAGCCGGCAGAGCCGCUCGCCCUCCCCCCGCUACAGUGAGUGCCCCACUGGCCUGGAGUGCUCCCCAGGCCCCGGUGUUAAAGGGAGUAGAAUGUCAUAACAUGGUUAGAGGAACCAAAGCUGCUUCUCCAGUUAGCCUUCCACAGUGAAGCUCCUAAGAGGGAGACACACAAUAUAUGUCAUCACAGAGUGAUCAAGAAUGCCCGUUCCCAGUGUGGUGGGGGAGGCAGAGGCAGCAGGUCCCCGGCGCCCUCUCUGUCCCAUCCUGUCAGUGGAUGUGGCCUCAGGUGGAGGGAACCCCAGUAGUCCAGCUUUGACUCGGGUUAGGCAGGAGCCCUGGCCUGUUGCUUUGUCUCCACCCUCCUCCUUUCAUCCCAGGUCGGGAAUACAGCUCUUCCCGAAGGUAAGCCCAGCU